GUGACCCUGGAGACUGCUGGCAGCUUCUUGGCAGUCGUAGAGGGAACCGUUGUCGCUGUGAAGGGGGAAUCGCCCGAGACCAGAUUCCGUUUGGAGGUCAAGGACCAGCCUGCUCCCAUGAGAGUCGGAUUCACCGGCUCUUUGGUUGACGGUUUCCGCGAUGUCGAGUGGUUUGGUCGUGGGCCGCAUGAAUCUUACUUGGAUCGGCAUGCCUCUGCGCGUGUGGGCUUAUUUCAGGGCACCAUCGCUGAGCAGACCUUCAAGUACGUCCGACCCCAGGAGAACGGCAACAAGUACCAGACUAGAUGGAUGGCACUGAAAAGACAGCCGGCAGAUGCUUGCUCAAUGCUGUUCAUUUCCGCCCAGGCACCAAGCCCGACGUUGGAGAUGCAGUGCCACCAUUUUGCCUUGGAUGACUUCGAUGGAGGCGAGGUGAAGGCUCAGCAAGCCUUCCUGCACGCAGGAGAACUUGUGGAGCGGGCAACUACGACUUUCUGCGUCGAUGUGCUCCACAUGGGCCUUGGUGGGAUCGACUCGUGGGGGAGAAAGCCGCUGCCAGAGCACAUGAUCCGGCCGGACCAAGAGUUUGACUGGUCGUUCCAGCUGAUACCUUGCAAGGAGGACUUGGACGUUGAUUGGCGACAGAGAUUACAUCAGGGGUAG